CCCUCUCUCCGGGCGAUGGACUCUGCGGGUCUCUGCGGGUUGGGGGGGGCGGUCGUGACGGUCGCAGGAGUGGAGCCUGGCCCCCUCCCCGCCCGGCUCUUCGCUCUGCAGGCCGGCAGAUCCUCCCUGGGCUCCAGACUGCCCAGGUCACACCGCUGUGGGGGUGACCACCCCGUCCCCAAGGCUCUUACCCUGGGGCGGGCAUCUGCCUGCAGCCGUGGCCAUGUCUCCCCAGGUCUUGGGACCCAGGGUCCUGCCGGAGCUCUGCGCUGGGGUGUCUCACCUCAGUCGGGGAACCCCGAAAACCCUGAGGUCACAGAGCCCAGCCGUCUGGUAGGGGAGAGCUCCGGGGGUGAGGUCCGGAAACAGCAGCUGGACACCAGGGUCCGCCAGGAGCCGCCGGGUGGCCCGCCUGUCCACCUGGCCCAGGUGAGUUUUGUCAUUCCAGCCUUCAACUCAAACUUCACGCUGGACCUGGAGCUGAACCAUCACCUUCUCUCCUCAAAAUAUGUGGAGCGCCAUUUUAGCCGGGAGGGAACAACCCUGCAUAGCACUGGGGCUGGAGACCACUGCUACUACCAGGGGAAGCUCCGGGGGAACCCCCACUCUUUUGCUGCCCUGUCCACCUGCCAGGGGCUGCAUGGGGUGUUCUCUGAUGGGAACUUCACCUACACUGUAGAGCCCCAAGAGAUGGCCAGGACUCAGGAAGCACCCCAGGGACCCCUCCCCCACCUCAUUUACCGGACCCCUCUCCUACCAGCCCCCCUUGGAUGCAGGGAACCAGGCUGUCUGUUUGUGGCCCCUGCCCAGUCUGCUCCCCAAGACCGACCUAGACUGAGAAGGAAAAGGCAGGUCCGCCGGGGCCACCCUACAGUGCACAGUGAGACAAAGUAUGUGGAGCUGAUUGUCAUCAACGACCACCAGCUGUUUGAGCAGAUGCGGCAAUCUGUGGUGCUCACCAGCAACUUUGCCAAGUCUGUGGUGAACCUAGCAGAUGUGAUGUACAAGGAACAGCUUAACACCCGGAUAGUGCUGGUCGCCAUGGAAACAUGGGCAGAUGGGGACAAGAUUCAAGUGCAGGAUGACCUCCUGGAGACCCUGGCCCGGCUCAUGGUUUACCGUCGUGAGGGUCUUCCUGAGCCCAGUGACACCACCCACCUCUUCUCGGGCAGGACUUUCCAGAGUACCAGUAGUGGGGCUGCCUAUGUGGGAGGCAUCUGCUCGCUGUCCAGGGGCGGGGGUGUGAAUGAGUAUGACAACAUGGGGGCCAUGGCGGUGACUCUGGCCCAGACACUGGGGCAAAACCUGGGCAUGAUGUGGAAUAAACACCGGAGCUCUGCAGGGGACUGCAAGUGUCCAGACAACUGGCUGGGCUGCAUCAUGGAGGACACCGGGUUCUACCUGCCCCGCAAGUUCUCACGCUGCAGUAUCGACGAAUACAACCAAUUCCUGCAGGAGGGCGGCGGGAGCUGCCUGUUUAACAAGCCCCUCAAGCUUCUGGACCCACCCGAGUGCGGAAAUGGCUUCGUAGAGACGGGGGAGGAGUGCGACUGCGGCUCGGUGCAGGAGUGCAGCCGUGCGGGCGGGAACUGUUGUAAGAAAUGCACCCUGACUCACGACGCUAUGUGCAGCGACGGGCUUUGCUGUCGCCGCUGCAAGUAUGAGCCACGAGGUGUGUCCUGUCGAGAGGCUGUGAACGAGUGCGACAUCGCAGAGACCUGUACCGGGGACUCGAGCCAGUGCCCCCCUAACCUGCACAAGCUGGACGGAUACUACUGUGACCAUGAGCAGGGCCGCUGCUACGGAGGCCGAUGCAAGACUCGAGACCGGCAGUGCCAAGCCCUUUGGGGUCACGUGGCUGCCGAUCGAUUCUGCUAUGAGAAGCUGAAUGUGGAGGGGACAGAGCGUGGGAACUGUGGGCGAAAGGGGUCAGGCUGGGUCCAGUGCAAUAAACAGGAUGUGCUCUGUGGCUUCCUCCUCUGCGUCAACAUCUCUGGAGCUCCUCGGCUGGGAGACCUAGGUGGAGACAUCAGCAGCGUCACCUUCUAUCACCAGGGCAAGGAACUGGACUGCAGGGGUGGCCACGUGCAGCUUGCUGAUGGCUCAGAUCUGAGCUAUGUGGAGGAUGGCACAGCCUGUGGGCCCAACAUGCUGUGCCUGGACCAUCGUUGCCUGCCAGCCUCUGCCUUCAACUUCAGCACCUGCCCUGGCAGCGGGGAUCGGCGGAUCUGUUCCCACCAUGGGGUCUGCAGCAAUGAAGGGAAGUGCAUCUGUCAGCCAGACUGGACAGGCAAAGACUGCAGCAUCCACAACCCCUUGCCCACAUCUCCACCCACAGGGGAGACAGAGAGAUAUAAAGGUCCCAGUGGCACCAACAUCAUCAUUGGCUCCAUUGCUGGGGCUGUCCUGGUUGCAGCCAUCGUCCUGGGCGGCACGGGCUGGGGAUUUAAAAACAUCCGCAGAGGAAGGUACGACCCGACCCAACAGGGGGCAGUGUGACGCCGGCCACAUCAUCCCUCCCGCUGUCCCUGUCUCCUCCAUCUCAUCAGUCACCUCGCAUUCUGUCGAUGGGGAGCUGGGGGCUGAGUCCCCCACCCCUGCUGUCACUGCUGUCACUGCAGGGGUGGGAGAGCCCACUCCAGGAAGGAAGUCCUCAACCUGCCCUUUCCUGUCCAAUCCCGGGCCUACUUGCUCCUGCCCUUCCUGUGGUCAGACUAACCAUAGGCAGGCAGACCUUGGAGCUGUGCUCCCUGUAGCCCCCAGAACUUGGGAAGGGAGCCUACUUCUGCGCCCCAUUUGUUUUGUCUUCCAUGUCACCACUGUCUUGACCUCCUGCCAGAUCCCCUCCCUGGCCAGCCUGUGAUUCGCUGCCUCCAGGGCCCAGCACUGAUCUCUCGGGGCCUGGCUCAGAGCUUCUCACUCUGGGCCCUGCUUCCUAUCUUCCCCUGAUGCCCCCUCUCCAUUCCAGGUCUGGAGGGGCCUAAGUGCCACCCCCCUCCCUCCGAGGCUGGCGCCCGUCGUCUCCAUCCUGAACUACGAGGCUGCCUCUGCCCAGCCACGGAGGGAGGCACCAUGCGAAUGGCAAAUGUUUUCUAGGCCCAAGCCCUUCAACUCCCAGUCCCCUGGGGGUUUGGGUGGGGGACUGUGGCCCUGCCCUUCACAGCUCUGUGGUUCACUAGGGUGGACCAGGCCUGGAGGGGCUUCUCCCAUGGUCCCCCACCCCAUCUCAUCGGUUUUGGCCUUGCACAGCAACUCUCCCUGUGUGAAUGUAGCUUCCUUCAUCAUGGAUGCCACAAAUCAAGUGGCAGGAGAGGGCAGGGGGUUGUCAGGGCAGGGCAGGUAGCCACCAGAGGAUGUGGCCUCUCCUCCUAACAGGUAGCUGAGACCAGGAUUUUAGCUUUCUAGGACCUCAAAAGUGGGGAUUGACAGUUUUUUUUGUUGUUGUUGUUUUUUUGUACUUUUUGUUUUUACUGAGUCUUAACUGAUGAAUGUAACCUUGGGGUGCUGAGGGUCAGGCAGUUAUGAUGAGCUGACAUUUUUAGGUAGGGCUGCAGAAAGUGAGGUGCCAUCUCCUGGGAUGGCCUCCCUGCUAGCCCCUUUGCUCAUCCCUGGUGAACUUGAAGAGAAGUGUGAGUGCUGAUUCAAACCAAAGCUGCCUGUUCCGUGCCCAAGGCCUUGGUGAUGGGUACAGUGGCCACAUGUCCCAAGUCUGUCUAUAAGGUCCUGAAAAUGACCAUCCUGCCACCCUGCUGGGACACAUGCAUUUGGGGGGAGGGGACCUAAAAAAUACAGCCCCUGGAAUAAAACCACACUGUCAACCUUGCAAGAAAGAUGGUUGUGGGGCUGACUCAGGGUUUAGAUGUUCCCUGGUGUGGCCUAGAAACCCCAGGCUGGACCAUCUUCCCGGGAGGACUCUUCCAAGGAGGGAAGGCCAGGGAUGGCCCAGUGCCUGGAUGGCUGUAGGCUCUGCUUGUGAUAUGGAAGAGGAGGUAGGAAAAGACAUGUCACGUGGAUGAUCCUCAGCUGCUAGAAAAGUCCUUAAGGCCCUGUGGGGCCGGCCAUUCCACUCCUUAACCCCAGCCCUAGGAUGAGUAGUAAGUUUACAAUAGUUUCCCCAUUUAUGUCCUCCUCUCCCCACUGCAGCUGAGAUGGAGAGGCAGACUGAGGCCUUGAGGCAGACUGAGGCCUGAGACUGCAGGAAUCCUAACUUGGUCUCCCCACAUAGUCCUGACCACAGCCUUCCCUUGUGACCCUCGCUGGGGACAGAGGAACUCCAGCUCUUGGUCUGCUGGAAACUAGCUGGCAGGGGCAAAACAAGAACCAAACUACCUUAUGGAUGAAAGCCACACAUGAUGGGAACCCCCCCAGGGCUCAGAUAAGGGGGUCCUGUACACCCCAGAGUCUUCCAGUCACUCACUUUUUGGGACAUCUUUUGAGAAGAGAUCAUGGAGGAAGGGGCUCCCGUAUUUUUUGUUUGUUUUGUUUUUCCACACUGAGCUUUAGCUGGCACUGCCCACAUGAGGGGUGUAGGUGCAGCAAUCCCCAGGCCAGGCUGACUCUUACCACCUUUACUAGCUGGGCAAGAACUGGAAAGCAGGGGCUGGGACCAGCACUGUUGCUGCUACCCCCUCAGGCAGUGACUGGGGGUUGCACACAUGUGCACACACAUUUGGAUCCAAAUCUCCACACGAGUGUGACUACGUCUGCAUACACCAGCAUGUCUGUGUGCUGUGCAUGCAGGGGCAGGGUGGGGAUGCAGAGACGGCCAGACUUCCUUCGACCAGCCCACCUGACUCCUAGCUGUCUGCACCCUCCUGACACACCAGGGCCGUGCCCAGGGAAGAGCGGAGACUUCAUUGUCCCAGGCUGGGAGUUGGCCCCAUACAGCAUCCUGUACAUAUGUCAUCUGGGGCUAGGGGUGGGGGUGGGGCAGCAGGAACAUCAAUAAAAGAUCAUGUCCUGGGCUUCCUGGAGCUCACAACCAA